AUGCCCGCUCGUGGGCCCAGCUGUGUGGGAUGGGCGGCUGCCCUGGGCAGCGUCGCAGUGCCGCGCGCCGCGGGGGCUCCCGCGGGCGCCAGCGAGCUGGCGCCGUGGUACUGCCCGCCGGCCGACCCGCGGGGGAGGGCCUGCGUCCGGGGCUUCCGCUCGGGCAUGGCAGAGCCCUACAUCGAGGAGACGGUCGUCCCCAUGACUUGGAGGGUGCUCGCGGCGAUUGACGAGGACCCCUCCGUGCAGCACCCCGAGAACUUCACCCGUCCGCUCAGGCACAUGUCCGAGCUGCUGGAGGCCAUGCGCCUGCUCGCCUGCUCCAUACGCUUCGCGGCCUGCUAUGCGGAACCCAUGGUGCUGGGCCUCCUCAGGCGGGACCUGUGCUUCCUGGCCGAGGAGAGACAGCGGGAUCUGGUGCCGUUCACCGGCCCCGAGUGGGAGCCCCUCUGUGACGGCUUCAUAAGGCGCGGGGACUCGGUCGCGCUGAUGCGCUCGGUGGCCCAGCCGCUGCAGGGCCUGGUGCGCGCGGCGCUGCCGCGCGCCGCGCCGCCGGCGCUGGGCAACGGGGGCAGCCGCUUCGACUUCGAGGCUUUCUUCGAGGCGCGCGGCCGCCUGUUCGUGGAGCAGACGGCGGCCGGUCGCGUCGCGCGCCCCGGUCGCCUGCAUUACCCGAGCCUCUUCGCCCCUGGCGCGGCGUGCGACGACGCGGCACCCGAGCCGGGUGGUCUCGAGGGGCCCUUCGACGUGGCGCGCGCGCUCCGGCGCAUCGGGCGGCAGGUGCCCCUCUCCCGCUUCGCGAUCAACCUGGGCGCAGCCGACGGCGCGUGUGGCGCGGGCGCGGAGGACUGGAACGCCGAUCCAGCGAACUGCCUCGUGGAAGAGGGAUACUCGGCCGUCGUGGUAGAGGGGGACCCGCGGUGGCACGGGCCGCUCAGGAAGAAGUUCGGGGGGCGCAAGGACCGCCCGCGACCUACUGCCUGGCGAGCAAGUGAGCUCCUCCUCCUCCUCCAUUCUGUUUACUUAUACAUACACUCUCCCUGUCGCUUCCCGACACGUGUCGGUAGGGCGGGCCGGGCGUCUCGUUUACGUCAUCCUGACCAUGUAUGA